AUGAAGCUUCUUCCUUUAUGGACAAUCGCAGGAAGCACCUUCGCUGCGUUUCCUCCUGAGCCUGAGGAUAUUAUCACCAAACAAGUUCCUGAUCGACCUGGAGUAUCAAUCUCCUACAAAGAGACGAACAUCUGCGAAACCAGAGCAAAAGCCUACGCAGGCUAUGUACAUAUCCCCGCCGACCUCGCUGAUAACGAUGCCUCUUCGCCUUACAAUGUGUCGAUGUUCUUCUGGUACUUCCGCGCCAGGCGCAACCCUCAACAUGCACCCACCACGAUUUACCUAGCAGGAGGGCCAGGCCAAUCUUCCAUGUACGGAGUGGCAGAGUCAGGCGGGCCUUGUACUGUACUCCGCGACAGCAAUAGCACCGAGACGAAUCCGUGGUCCAUGACAAACAAUGUCAACGUCCUCUAUGUCGACCAGCCUGUCGGCGCUGGCUUCUCGUACGAUACACUCAUCAAGUCAACUAUGGACUUGACCUUCGUGGGCAGCACCACAUCGACCGGCGUCGAGACCUUUGACAGCUACAACGGCAGCGUUCUCGCUGAGAACAGCACUAUUCUCUAUGGAAUAUUCCCAAGUCAAGAGACUUCGAAGGCUACCAACAACAGCGUCAACGCGGCUCGCACGCUCUGGGAGUUCUCGCAGAUUUGGUUUUCCUCAUUCCCCGAAUACAAAACGACGGACAAACGCAUCUCGCUCUGGGGCAACUCAUACGGAGGCUACUGGGUGCCUGUAUCCGCAGAGUACACGGUCAAACAAAACGUCAAGAUCAGGAACGGAGAACUGAACAACAGCAUAAUCCUCAACAUCGACAGCGCAGGCUGGACAAACGGCUGCACCGACAUGCUAAUCCAAGGAGAAUGGUACCCAGACAUGGCCUACAACAACACCUACGACCUCCAAAUCCUCCCGGAAGACCUCUACACCGAAAUCAAAACCAACAUCACCAAAGAAGGCGGCUGCCUCGACAUGGUCAAAGAGUGCCGCUCCCUCGGCGAAACCUACGACUCCGAAAACUACAGCACCAACGCCACCGUCAACCAAAUCUGCGCCGACGCCACCCUCUACUGCCUCCAAUACGUCCUCGGCGCCUACAACGCCGUCAGCAACCGCUCCGUCUUCGACAUCACCCACGAGAACCCGGACCCCUUCCCGCCCUCGCACCUCAUCGGCUACUUCAACCGCGCCUGGGUCCAGCGCGCCCUCGGCGUGCCCCUCAACUUCACCUCCGACUCCCUCUCCACGCAGAUGAACAUGUUCUACAACACCGGCGACCCCGUGCGCAUCGCGGGCGCCCAAUCGAUGCAGUACCUCCUCGACAGCGGCGUCAAAGUCGCCCUCGUCUACGGCGAUAGGGACUACCGCUGUCCCUGGAACGGCGCGGAGCAGCUCAGUCUUCAGACGAACUGGAGCGGCGCGGAGGCGUUUCGGGAGGCGGGAUACCAGUACAUUCACACGGAUAUCGAUGAUUGCCAUAACGACACGAAAGGCGGUCUGGUGCGGCAACAUGGCAAUUUCUCCUUUUCGCGGGUCUUUGAGGCCGGACACGAUGUCGCGGCUUAUCAACCGCGCACGGCGUUUGAGAUUUUCAAUCGGGUGUUGAUGAAUAAGGAUAUCGCCACGGGGAAGGUGUCGAUUGGAGGACAGAAGAAUAAUUACAGCACGACGGGCUUGAAGGAUACUUGGUGGAAGAAGAAUGUUGUGCCGACGCCGCCGCCAGCGCCGGAUUGUAAUUUGUAUUCGGUGGCGACGAGUUGUACGAUUGAGCAGUAUUUGGCGCUGCUGAAUGGGACGGCGGAGAUUGAGGAGUUUAAUGUUGUGAAGCCUGUGGGUGGGACGCCGGGGUCGUUGGCGAAUUAUUUGCCUUGA